AUGACAACAACAUCUAGUCGAAGUCCUGGAUGUUUUCGUGCUUAUUCAAAUGAACAAAAAACUUUACGUGCUAAACUCGAUCAAUUACUUAAAUGGACACGAGAUUUAAAAAGUAAUAUUAUGAAACUAUCAUGUAAAGCUUUACAAGCAAAUAAUAAUAAUAUGAUCAAUCGUCAAACAAUUGAUCAAAUUCAUGAUGAUUUAGAUGAAUAUAAACGAAAAUUUGAUCGUGAACUUGGUCGUAUACAUGAUAUCUGUGAUGCAUUAACAAAUAAUCCAUCAAUAAAUGGUGAUACAGAAAAUCUUCGUGAUGAAAUUCUUGAAGCAUUACGCCGUUCACCAACAUACUCAUCACUUGAACAACAUAUCUAUGAUGACAAACGACCACGAAUUCGUGUAAAACCACGUGAAAGAAUCCAUCCAGGACAAAGACAAGCACCACGCACACCAGCUCUAUCAACUGACACAAUAAAACGUAAAGCAACACAGCCAAUAGCUUUACAAGUAUUAGAUACUUCAAUUAUACCUGGUGCUAAACGACGAUCGCAAAUCGAUGCAUUUAAACGUUCAAGAUCAUUUACAAAUAUUGAGCAUACUGAAACACAAUUAGGUAUGGAUUAUGUUGAAGAAGAUGGAAGUGAUCUUUCAUGGAAACCAUUUGGACCAAAACGAACAAUUUCACAAGUUAGUUUAACAUCAACGAAUCAUGAACAAUCAAAUGAUGAACAACCAUCUACAAAUUCAACUACAACAAAUCAAUCAGUACCAGCAACAUCUACAGAAAAAUCUAAACCAUCUGUAUAUUUUGAUAAUAAUAAUAAUAAUAAUAAUAAUGAUUCAUCAGAUGAAGAAUUUGAUAUUGCAUGGGAACGUCGUGCGAAACAAAAAGCUCGAAAAGAAGCAGCUACAGCACCAACUACAUCCGUUGAAACACCAGCAAAACGUACUGUUCGUUUUUCACCUUCUACAUAUGAUGAACCAAUUGAACUUAUUGAACUUGAUCUUGAUGAAACAACACAAGAUGGAUUACAACAAACAAAAGAUCAAAAUAAUAAUAAUGACAAACAACAAACUGAAAUUGUUAGUUUAGUUGAUGAUGAUGAAACAACAAUGCCAGCAACAGAUACACAAAGUCAAAUAGCAAUGACCUCAACGGCACCAUCUUCAUCUCAACAAGCCAAUAAUCAAGAUGAUGAUAGUCAAAUAAUUGAUGAUAGUGAUGAUGAAAUAAUUGCUUUAAGUGAUGAUGAAAUUCCUAAAAAAUCAAAUAUUUCAUCGAAAAAACCUCUUUGGACUUCAUCUGAAAUUCAAAUAACAAGUGGAAGUUCUCAAUCACAAUCAUUACAUAAUCCAUAUCGUGUUGGUAUUGCUGAUCCAAGUUUACGAUCAAUAUUUUUACCGCCACCCAGUUCUCAACCCAUGUCAGCAUCAAAUAGUGGAAAUAGGCGAGCUCAAGGUAGUAAUCGAAAAACAUCGCCAACAAAACGAUCUAAUAAUUCCAAAUAA